UAAAAUUGUUCUUAUUCUUAAAACCCUGGAAUUUUUGUCAAUUUUUCUCAUUACAACGGCAUUCUUUCUUUUCCUCUCUCACCGUUGCAAUUUCAGAGCUCAGUUAAGUACUUUGUGGAUCUCUGUAUCUCUCUGAGCUAAAACCAAAGCAACGGGAAUGGCUUCAACGGGGCAAUCCCAAUCUCUGAAAAGACGAGAUGCACCAGUAACAAGAGAAGGGGAUCAACUAACUUUAACUCCUCUUGGGGCUGGCAAUGAAGUGGGUCGAUCCUGUGUGUACAUGUCCUAUAAAGGGAAGACAGUGUUGUUUGAUUGUGGAAUUCAUCCGGCUUACUCAGGCAUGGCUGCCUUGCCAUACUUUGAUGAGAUUGAUCCUUCAACUAUUGAUGUACUUCUCGUCACCCACUUUCACUUGGAUCAUGCUGCAUCUCUGCCUUAUUUCUUGGAGAAGACCACAUUUAAGGGUCGUGUCUUCAUGACUCAUGCAACAAAGGCUAUCUACAAGUUGCUUUUAACAGAUUAUGUUAAAGUCAGCAAGGUUUCAGUUGAAGACAUGUUGUUUGAUGAGCAAGACAUAAACCGCUCCAUGGAUAAGAUUGAGGUUAUUGACUUCCAUCAAACAGUGGAGGUGAAUGGCAUUAAAUUUUGGUGCUAUACUGCUGGUCAUGUCCUUGGUGCUGCCAUGUUCAUGGUUGACAUCGCUGGUGUUCGAGUCCUUUAUACUGGAGACUAUUCACGUGAGGAAGACCGGCAUCUUCGUGCUGCUGAGAUGCCACAAUUCUCCCCCGACAUAUGUGUAAUUGAAUCCACUUAUGGAGUCCAGCUCCAUCAACCUCGGCACAUUCGGGAGAAGCGGUUCACUGAUGUUAUCCACUCAACUAUUUCUCAAGGGGGUCGUGUUCUAAUCCCAGCAUUUGCCCUUGGCCGUGCCCAAGAACUUCUCUUGAUCCUUGAUGAGUACUGGUCAAACCAUCCUGAGCUCCAUAACAUUCCCAUAUAUUAUGCUUCUCCCCUUGCAAAGAAGUGUAUGACUGUCUACCAGACAUAUAUCCUUUCAAUGAAUGAGAGGAUCCGCAAUCAGUUUGCGAACUCAAAUCCCUUCAAAUUCAAGCACAUAUCACCACUAAAUAGCAUUGAGGAUUUUACUGAUGUGGGUCCAUCAGUGGUCAUGGCUAGUCCCAGUGGACUGCAAAGCGGGUUGUCAAGGCAGUUAUUUGAUAUGUGGUGCUCCGAUAAGAAAAAUGCUUGUGUUAUACCUGGAUAUGUUGUUGAAGGAACGCUAGCUAAAACCAUCAUUAAUGAACCAAAGGAGGUCACUCUAAUGAAUGGACUAACUGCUCCUCUGAACAUGCAAGUCCAUUAUAUUUCAUUCUCUGCCCAUGCGGAUUAUGCUCAGACAAGUACAUUUUUGAAAGAGCUGAUGCCUCCUAACAUAAUUCUUGUUCAUGGAGAAGCUAAUGAAAUGGGGAGGCUCAAACAGAAACUUAUUACAGAGUUUGCUGAUGGCAACACCAAAAUCAUUACUCCUAAGAAUUGCCAGUCUGUUGAGAUGUAUUUCAACUCUGAGAAAAUGGCAAAAACAAUAGGGAAGCUAGCUGAGAAGACCCCAGAUGUCGGUGAAACUGUCAGCGGCAUACUAGUAAAGAAGGGCUUCACUUACCAAAUUAUGGCACCUGAAGAUCUCCAUGUAUUCUCCCAGCUAUCAACAGCAAAUAUUACUCAGAGAAUCACCAUUCCAUUCUCUGGUGCCUUUGGUGUGAUAAAGCACCGGCUUGAACAGAUAUAUGAGAGUGUGGAAUCCGGCACAGAUGAGGAAUCUGGGGUUCCAACAUUGCAAGUGCAUGAGAGAGUGACUGUGAAGCUUGAGUCUGAUAAACAUAUUUCACUUCAUUGGAAUGCAGAUCCUAUAAGUGAUAUGGUGUCUGACUCGGUUGUAGCUCUAGUUUUGAACAUCAGUAGGGAGGUUCCCAAGGUGGUAGUUGAGUCAGAGGCUGUGAAAUCAGAGGAAGAAAAUGGGAAAAAAGCAGAGAAGGUGAUUCAUGCACUCCUUGUUUCACUUUUUGGAGAUGUGAAGCGUGGAGAGAAUGGGAAGCUGGUCAUAACUGUUGAUGGGAACGUGGCACAGCUCGACAAACAGAGUGGGGAUGUUGAAAGCGAAAAUGAAGGUCUCAAGGAAAGGGUCAGGACUGUGUUUAGGCGAAUCCAAGGUGCAGUGAGGCCAAUUCCACUCUCUGCAUCAUAAGCUUCUUCCAAUUUUCUGCCCAUGUUUCAACAUGUUUCUGUAUUGUGAGGAUAAAUUUUGUUACUGCAAACUCUAAUUCCUAGUUUGUAUGGCUUGUUACGUUGGCUUUUUUUAAGAGAGUGAACUUGGAAUAUUUUGGUGGAGCGGAAGGAUUUUUUAGUUGAGUAUGACUAGCAGAGCAUGAAUGGAAAUUUCUACUCUAAAAAGAUUUUACUCGUCUACAA